AUGGCGAGACUCAACACAGCAAAAGCCCAAACGAGCAACGACUCCAAAAGGAGAUCAGCCCUGACGGAGCGGACAUCUCUUGCGUCGGACGAUAGCCUCACUUCCCAAAAGCGAGGUGCCACCAAGCGAGCCGAUGCCAAAGACAGCAUCCCCCGUCGAUCACAAACCGUGUCGUCCAGAAGACAAAACACCAGUUCCAGCAGCGAAUUCGAUAUCUUCACAGAUAGUGACCGGGUGGGCGAGAGCGGACGCGACGAAAGCUCGCCAACAAAACGAACCAAGGCGCGCACCCUCAAGACUGCACAGGUCAAUUCGCUGCUGCUCCCCCUGACACAGAGACCGCGCCAGAGGCAGUCAGACAAAGUGGACACAGACGACUACGACAAGGAGAAUGACCUCACAGAGAAUGAACCGUCACCCAUUCCACGGCGACGAAAUACAGGGCGGACACCAGCAAGGAAUAUCCUGUCCCCCAGAGAACAACCGCACACAGAAAGCAAAGCAGAGGAAGAGGAUGCUGGAGACACCAGCUCCAACUCGCUAGAUGAUUUCGUUGUCAGCGACAACGACGAAAUCAGCUACCAUGAGACGUCCGACUCUGAGACAGACGAAGAUGAGAGGACGCCAUCGCCGCCACCCUCUCCGGCACCCCAAAGCACACGGAAGAGACUCAUGCGAGGGCGAAGACCUGAUCCAGACACCGAGCUCCCCAAGUCUCUCAGCAAGCCUUCUUCGCUGCGGCUGGAGCCCUCCCCCCAAGAACCUAUCAAAACACCCUCCAAACCUGCCGCCAAACCCAAGCGCCUGUUUCACAAGGACUCCGGCAUCUCCACAGAGCUGAACCAGCUGAGCUUGGAUGGGAACAAUGACCCUGUCUCUCAGCUUGAUUCCGAGCUAUGCGGGUAUGAGAACCGUCAACGCCCCUCCAGCCAUCGCUCAAUGCUAACCCCGACCAGAUCAGGAUCCGAACGUGAAGCUUCAUCGCAGUCUCAAACUGCCAAACCGCAGACACCCCCAGCCACGCCACCACGAGGCCGUCUGCGUUCCCCAACCAAAGACAAGAUCCGUAUCCCGCCAACUCCCCACCGCGAGAGUGUCGACGCCUUCUGGAACCAGGAGGAAACCAACGAUUGGAUCGACCAGCACUCUCCGCACAAGGAGAAAUUCUCCGGAUGCUCCGUCAUAGAGCUGCUGCAGGAGUUCGAAGAGUCCGAAUGUGAAGACGAGGACAACUCCAAAAACUCCAGCAUCAUCAGCGUCGAGCCAGAGACCGUGUCGCCCAUCAAGGCCACCAAGACGCCCAGCAAGUCCGCAUUAAAGAAAGCGGAAGCCGAGCGGAAACGAGAGCUGCGCGCACGCCGGAUGUCAUUUGAUGCGAAGAAAGGUGGGCUGGCGGAGAACUUCCUCCGCGUGCUGGACGACGCAGCUGCUGAUGGCGGAGUCCGUCGACUGGCCGAGUCGACUGGCGGGGUGAAGAUCGUCUGGAGCAAAACACUCAAGACAACCGCUGGCCGCGCGCACUGGAAGGGCGAGCGCAUGCGUCCCUCCUCGUCCUCAUCUUCAGAGUCAGAUGGUCCACGAUACAGACAUCACGCCAUGAUCGAGCUCGCCGAGCGCAUCAUCGACAAUGAGGAUCGGCUGCUCAACACUCUCGCGCACGAGUACUGCCAUCUGGCCAACUACAUGAUCUCGAACGUGCACAAGAACCCGCACGGACCGAGCUUCAAGCAAUGGGGCCGCAAGUGCUCGGAUGUCAUGUCGGACCACCCCAUCUAUGGGGGUAGGAUCACCGUCACGACAAAGCACAACUACAAGAUUGAUUGGAAGUAUGUCUGGGCUUGUGAGGGCUGCGCGGUUACCUAUGGUCGGCAUUCGAAGAGUAUCGAUACCACUCGCUCGCGCUGCGGUGCCUGUGCUGGUCACUUGGUGCAGAUUAAGCCGAAGCCGCGGAAUAUGUCGCCGCGGAAGAACAAUGGUUCUACCUCUCCGCAGAAGAAGGGUAUGGAUGAUGUGAUUAGGGAGCUGGGACAGGUGACUCUAUAG